ACAUGAAAAUAGUGAAUAAAAAAAAAAAGGAAUGCGAUUCUUCACUGCCACUGGAGUAAGACUAAAAACUCAUCGCUCUUGUUUCCAUCACGCAAUAAUAAAAAAGCAAUCUUGUUGUUUUAGCUUCUAGUUUCGCAUCGUGGUGAAUACUGCUUUCAGAAUGGGAAAAGACUCAAAGCCAAAGGAGUCAGGAAAGGGAAAGGGGAAACAAGCAGCAAGUGGAAGUGAUGAGAAUGCUUCUAAGGGAAAAGGGAAAGGUGCCAAAAGUGCAGAUGGCCUUGGUACCUGCACCUAUGUCAAAGCAAGGCACAUCCUGUGUGAGAAGCAAGGUAAGAUUAAUGAGGCAUACAAGAAGCUGCAGGAUGGUUGGCUUGAAAAUGGCGAUAAGGUCCCACCAGCAGAGUUUGCAAAGGUAGCCCAGGAAUACUCUGAAUGUCCAUCAGGAAAGAAGGGUGGAGACCUUGGAUGGUUUCCGCGAGGAAAGAUGGCUGGACCAUUUCAGGAUGUAGCGUUUGCCACGCCAAUUGGAGCCACCAGUGCUCCAUUCAAGUCAACGCAUGGCUACCAUAUUAUAUUAUGUGAAGGAAGGAAGAACUGAUCACUGAAUAAGAACAAAGCUGAAUUUCAAUGGCUUUGAAACCCUAAACUGUUGUAUGAUUGGGUGUUGGUUCUUUUUCUUUUUGUGAAUGUGGUUUGAUAAGUUAAACCAACAGAGUUUGCCGUAUGCACAAUGAUCUUGCUUUCGAGUACCUGGAUAAUUGAGAGCAUCUAUGUCACUAUGGAUGGUUUUUCACUUUUUGCUUCCCAAGCUUGGAUGUUGAUACAUGAUAGAUUUUGCUACUAUCUUAAUUAGAAUUUCCUUCUGCCCCUUUCA